GCUGGACAGCCUGGAUGGACCACGACUUUGCAUCUACUCCUCCAGAGAUGCAGCCGCACAGGGCUCCAGGCCACAGAACUUCCUUCUCUCGCAGCCACAUGCUGGGGCGCCAUACCCAUCAAAAGCUCAGUGGAGAUGUGUCCCCCCUCAUCCCUGUCAUCAAGAAGACUGUCCAUUUGGAUGCCUUCCCCAAAAGCAGUGUCUUACAGAAUUCCAAACAACCAAGCAUUAGGUCCAGGGCCUGGAGUAUGUCCCAACAGGGCACUGCCAUGGGAUCCUUGAGUCCCAUGCCUCCCAACAGCUUUAUGCCCAGAAAACUCAGCUCUAUUUCCUUAAUGAUUCACCAGAACGUUCAAACACAGCCCCUAGAGGCCUCGAUUUCUCACUGGGAAGAGGUACCAAAUUUGGGUAACAAGGCUCUCACCCAGAGGGAAGGGACACUGUCCACUUCAAGUGCACCACUCAUGGCUCAAGUGCCAGAGGUCGGGGCCUCCUCUGAAGACCAAAAGAACACAGACCUGACCAAAUCCAGCAGGACAUCCCUAGGGGAUAAACCCCUGGCAUAUUCAUUUCUGUCUUUACCUUUCCCAGUUCAGGCCACCCAGAGUUCACCAGGCCUUCCAGGGACAGGCCCUGUGGGUCAAGUCUAUACCAGAACUUCUCCAGGAAGAAGCAAGUCUAGGCCCAGGGGUAUUCCCAGGCCCCGAGCAUACCUCCAAAGGACCACGCCCGCUGCAAGUUUGUCUGCUGUGGGCACAAAACUAGAUAUAGCCAGAAAUUUAGGCACGGUAGCCAUCAACAGGCCUGAGUUAGCCAUCAGCAUCCCCACACCAAACCCAUGCAGACUGGUCAAAGGCACAGAGCUUCCCGUUCUGGAUGCCAAGAUGCGCAUGGCCAUUGACUUACGCUUAACAUCCAAGUCAGGAAAAGCCACAGACUCGGUCAUAGCAGGCCCACCCAAAUUAGGCAGAGCCAUGAAUUUAACCAGAGCGGGGACAACCAAGCCAGGCCAAGGCAUGAAUUUGGUAACUGCAGACUCAGACAAGCUGGAAAAUGUCAUGUUUAUGACCAUGGAGGCUUCAAGCAUGGCUUUGGCAAUGUCAGAUGAGACCAAUCUGGACAUAACCAGCUUGGACACAGUCACAGCUUUGGCUGGAGCCAAUAUAGGCAAGCUGGACACAACUACAGAUUCUCCUGCACUGCACACAACCAGACUGGGUACAGCCGAGGAUUCAGUUGUGCCAGGCUGCCCAGACCCAGCCACUGAUGAGACCAAGCCAGAUGUUGUCAAUAACCUGACCAUCCCAGACACUGCUACUUACCCUCUAAUGCCAAGCAGAAGCACAGACCCAGCCCAGGACCAUGCCACUGUGGAUGCUAUCACAGACAGCGCCAUGGAACCCGCCUCACUGGACCUGUCCAGAGAACCCAAAGGGCUCCCAGAGGCCAGGACGGACGCAGCUAUGUCAGAGCUGGUACCUGAGCCCAGGCCCAAGCCGGCGGUGCCCAUGAAGCCGGUCAGCAUCAACUCCAACCUGCUGGGCUACAUCGGCAUUGACACCAUUAUCGAGCAGAUGCGCAAGAAGACCAUGAAGACUGGCUUCGACUUCAACAUCAUGGUCGUGGGCCAAAGUGGACUGGGCAAGUCAACGCUGGUCAACACACUGUUCAAGUCCCAAGUGAGCCGAAAGGCCUCCAGCUGGAGCCGGGAGGAGAAGAUCCCUAAGACAGUGGAGAUCAAAGCGAUUGGACACGUGAUAGAGGAAGGUGGGGUCAAAAUGAAGCUGACGGUCAUCGACACGCCAGGCUUUGGAGACCAGAUCAAUAAUGAAAACUGCUGGGAGCCCAUUGAGAAGUACAUCAGCGAGCAGUACGAGAAGUUCCUGAAGGAAGAGGUGAACAUCGCCAGGAAGAAGCGCAUCCCAGACACUCGCGUCCACUGCUGCCUCUACUUCAUCUCCCCGACAGGACACUCCUUACGACCUCUUGAUCUUGAAUUCAUGAAACACCUCAGCAAAGUGGUGAACAUCGUUCCCGUCAUCGCCAAGGCUGACACCAUGACUCUGGAGGAGAAGUCCGAAUUCAAGCAGAGGGUUCGCAAAGAGCUCGAAGUCAACGGCAUCGAAUUCUACCCUCAGAAGGAGUUUGAUGAGGAUUUGGAGGACAAGACAGAGAACGACAAAAUCCGGCAGGAGAGCAUGCCCUUCGCUGUGGUGGGGAGCGACAAGGAGUACCAAGUGAACGGCAAGAGGGUCCUCGGGAGAAAAACACCCUGGGGGAUCAUCGAAGUGGAAAACCUCAACCACUGUGAGUUUGCCCUGCUCCGAGACUUCGUCAUCAGGACUCACCUCCAGGACCUCAAAGAAGUGACACACAACAUCCACUAUGAGACUUACAGGGCCAAGAGGCUGAAUGACAAUGGAGGCCUCCCUCCGGGAGAAGGCCUCCUGGGCACUGUCCUUCCACCUGUGCCAGCCACCCCCUGUCCCACUGCUGACUGAAGGCCAUUUCAAGCGCUGCUUCUCCCUCAUUCC